UAUUUUAUUAUCUAAAUGAAAAAUAUUGUGUGACGCUCAGUUGUUAUAUAACACUGCUAGGGUCGCUCUGGAACACUCUAUUCAAAUACACUGAUAACAAACUUUAGGAACGAUUUCUUGGACUGGUAAAAUUUGUGGUUGAGAUUAUUGAUUUAUAAAUGGAUGAAAAAAAAAGUUCUUCUCUACAAGCAGGGAAAAAAACAAACGGUCAUCUUAGUGUACCUGUUCGGAUUUCGGAUAUUACUGCCUUUUCUUCUCCUGAAACUUUCGCGAACAUCAAGUAAACUUGCUUUUUCCAUUUUCAUAUCUAAGUAUUAACCAUGAAACUCAAAUAACAAACGAGAUUUCGAAUUUAACACUUUUGCAGACGAUUUACAAACAUUUAACUUACGCUUGCGCAGUAUGAUUUCCGCUUGGUAUUUCAGUGGUAAAUGAGACAAACCGCAAGCGUUACAUUCAAGUAUUUUACAUGGAUUAAACGUUGCUUGCGCGACAUAUUUUGUGAAAAUUGAUUCAAUAUUAACUAAUGUUGGAUGGUUUGACAAAAAACGAGGAUUUUAUUUUCUGUCUGGAUGUUUUUCUUUACUGGAUUUAUAUGUAGAAUUUUCAUAUGAAUUCAGUUCUCCUUAACUUCAAGUUCUGCUAUUUUGCAGUUCUACUGAUACUACUAUGGCGGGAGACUUCCACCAGUGACGUCAUAUCGGCUGCUCUGCACGUGAAACUGUUUGAAAAUUACAAACCUGACUUACUUCCGGUGUGCAUGACAGGUCCUAGAUUUGUAAACGUCAGUCUGAAUAUAGCCCUCAGACAAAUAAUCAACCUGGACGAAAAGGACCAAGUUCUGAAGACAAAUGUGUGGGUCCGGAUGGGUUGGAAUGAUUGUCAGUUACGGUGGAACGUCACAGAUUAUAAUGGUGUGGACCAUCUUCGUGUACCUUACAGUGCUGUAUGGAUACCUGAUAUUGCACUUUACGAUAGUUCUAAUGAAGAAGUAAUGAUGCCUGGUUUAACUGAUUACCGGGCCCAAAUUCUACACGAUGGCAGCGUCCAGUAUAAUUUCCCUACGGUAUUUAACAGUGUAUGUCGUGUGACGGUCACAUAUUUCCCGUUUGACACGCAGUCGUGUAAACUUAAAUUCGGCUCGUGGUCACACUCUCAAACAGAUUUGGACUUUUACCCUGUUUCUCCAUCCGGUAGGAAUGGGGAUCUGGAUGACUUUAUCAACAACAAUGAAUGGGUAGUUAGUGCAUUAACAUCGACACGAAAUGUGAAGAAUUACACAGAACUGUACACGGAUGUUGAGUAUAGCAUUAUUAUGUCAAGAAGGUCCUCGUUCUAUGUGAUGACAAUGAUGUUUCCAUGUAUACUUGUUAGUGCUAUUGCAGCGAUUGGAUUUUUACUUCCAUCUGAAAGUGGUGAGAAAGUGUCGUUAGAGGUUACAGUGCUAUUGUCACAAGCUGUGUUUUUACUAGUCAUUUCUGAUUUUCUUCCCCCGUCCUCAGACAACUUUCCAAUUCUUGGUACUUAUUUUGCGGUAUCAAUGUUGCUAGUCAGUAUGUCCUUGGUGAUGUCAGUUCUCGUGCUGAACGUGCAUCAUAGAGGUGACGUCAAGGGUAAAAUAGUUCCAAAAUGGACGCGGAAAUAUCUUCUGCGGCACCCAAAAACGUGCUGCAUGAGAACAGAGUAUGACCUAGAUAGUACGUCCUCUGUAUCUGACAAUAAAAAUAGCAACCAGGUAAUGUUUUUCAGUAAAUGAUACACAUUUUAUGAUAUAAGUAAUCGG